CUCAAAAUAAUGGAGCCGGUUGCCCACCGGGGAGACACACCGGAUUUGUUUAAUCCCCUGGCCCUAAUCCCCCAGCCCUGCCGUCUCCUCCUUAUAAGCAAUGGCGGAGCAUCUUGCAUUGCACCCCGGACCCCAUGCUCACCGCACCACACAGCCGCAGUCACCUAGCAGGCAAGAUCGACGAAGAGAUCGCCAUCGCCACCGAUCGGUCCAGCUCGAGCGAGCGAUCAGAUCACGUGCAGCACGUACGGUACAGCAGAGUGUGUUUGGCGGAGAUCGAUCGAGAUGACGGGGUUCGGGUCACCGUGCGGGGCGUGCAAGUUCCUGCGGCGCAAGUGCGUGCGCGGCUGCGUCUUCGCGCCCUACUUCUGCCACGAGCAGGGCGCGGCGCACUUCGCCGCCAUCCACAAGGUGUUCGGCGCCAGCAACGUGUCCAAGCUUCUCGCGCACCUGCCGCUCGCCGACCGCCCGGAGGCCGCCGUCACCAUCUCCUACGAGGCGCAGGCCAGGCUGCGCGACCCCAUCUACGGCUGCGUCGCCCACAUCUUCGCGCUCCAGCAGCAGGUGAUGACCCUGCAGGCGCAGCUGGCGUCGCUCAAGGCGCAGGCGGCGCAGGGGCAGCAGGGCGUGCACGAGGACGCCAAGGGCUACGUGGGCAGCGCCGCCGCGGAGCAGCUAGGGUACGGCUACCCCUGGUGCAACGGCAAUGGAGGCGUCGCAGCUGCAGGCACGGUGGGCGCGCCCGCCGCGCAGCUGGCCGGCGCGUACGGCAAUGGCGGGCACGAGUCCCUGACCGCGCUGCUGGGGUCGUCGGACUACAUGCAGCAGUCGCUGUAUCACGCGUUCGAGCACGCCGGCGCGGACGACGACGACGGCCGGCAGGGGAACGACGCGUUCGAGGCAGCGGCGGAGUCCUCGUCGUUCGGGGCGGAGGAGAGCGGCGGCUGGAGGUCAUCGUCGGGGUACCAAGACUGCGAGGACCUGCAGAGCGUGGCUUACGCUUACCUGAACCAUCGCUCGUAAGAACUGAGAACUACUAGUGCAGAAAAUAUAUCACAAGAGAGAGAUAUAUAUCUGUCCUCAAUUCCUGAUCUGAUCAUGUUUUGGACUUGAGCUUGGGAAAAAUAUAUGUGCGAUUUUUGAUCGAUCUGUCGAUCGGUCUCC